AUGAUCCUAUUCAUUCAGAGUGCUAUGGAACUUUUUCAAAAUGCCCAAGUAGUACGUCUCCGAGGCCACCACGACAAGUUCCUAAUUGCCGAUGAUGAUGAAAAAUCUGUAAGCCAAGAUCCCAAUGGUUCGGUCAAGAACGCUAGAUGGACCUUGGAGAUGGUUAAAAAUGCCAAUGUUUUACGUUUCAAAAGCUGUUAUGGAAAGUACUUAACAGCCUCCAACAUGCCAUUUCUAUUAGGAAUGACAGGGAAGAAAGUGCUACAAACAUUUCCAAAAAGAUUGGAUUCCUCGGUUGAAUGGGAACCCAUUAGAGAAGGAUUCCAGGUCAAGCUCAAGACACGUUAUGGCCAAUACUUGCGUGGAAAUGGGGGUGUGCCGCCUUGGCGGAACUCGAUCACACAUGAUAUUCGACAUAGUACUGCAACAUCGAAUUGGGUUCUGUGGGAUGUGGAUAUCGUCGAGAUUCAAAGGCAUUCUACACUACCUCGACCAAUGUCACAAGGUGCUAGUCGAACCGGUUCCUUAGCUUUAGAAGCAAGCUCCAAAAUUAAACUCCUUUACCCUAAUCAAGAGAAGAAGUUUGAUUUGAACUGA